AUGACAGAAGUCAAUGAAAAUACAGCAUUACUGGGCACAAGCCCUACAAAAUCACGAUUUAGAUUGAAGGCAAAAACUCGUAAAAUCAUGAUCGCUACGUUUGUUCUUUUCGCAUUAGCAGCAUUACUAUUUCAAAUAUCUGAUUCUAGCACAGUUCCUCAUACAAAGCCAAAGAGCGAUAACAAGAAAAAUGUUAUCUUCUUUGUUACAGACGGUAUGGGACCAGCUUCUUUGUCGCUAGCAAGAUCCUUUAGACAGUAUAAGUACGAUUUGCCGAUGAAUGAUACGCUGUUUUUAGAUCAUUACCUAAUUGGCUCAUCUCGUACUAGAUCUUCUGAUUCUUUAGUAACUGACUCUGCUGCGGGUGCCACCGCUUUUUCAUGUGCACUGAAGUCAUACAAUGGUGCUAUUGGUGUGGAUCCCUUUAACGCUCCAUGUGGUACUAUCCUAGAAGGGGCUAAAUUAAAUGGCUACAUGACGGGUCUGGUUGUUACCACAAGAAUUACUGACGCUACUCCUGCUUCCUUUAGUGCACAUGCAGAUUUUAGAAUACAAGAAGAUUUAAUCGCCUUGCACCAAUUGGGAAAUUAUCCUUUGGGUAGGAUGGUAGAUUUGAUGAUAGGUGGAGGUAGAACACAUUACUAUUCAGGUAAAUCACGAUAUGGACCAUCUGGUACACGUAAAGAUAAUAGAAAUCUAAUUGAUGAAGCAAUUAAUAACGGGUGGCAGUACGUAGGCUCGCGUAGUGAAUUCGAUUCUUUGAAACUAGGCCACAAUGUCUCGUUACCAUUAUUGGGUCUCUUAGCAGAUUAUGAUAUCCCAUUCGAUCUUGAUAGAAGUCAUUCCAAGUAUCCUUCUUUGGAAGAACAAACUAUAACUGCAUUAAACGCAUUGUCAGCUGCAACAAAGAAUUCUGAUAAAGGUUUCUUUUUAUUAGUAGAAGGUUCAAGAAUUGACCACGCGGGUCAUCAAAAUGAUCCAGCUGCUCAAGUCAGAGAGGUUUUGGCUUUUGAUAGAGCAUUCAAAGCUGCUGUUGAAUUCGCAGAAAACUCUGACGUAGAAACAAUUUUAAUUUCUACAUCUGAUCAUGAAACUGGAGGACUAGUUACCGCCAGACAAGUGACUGAUGACUAUCCAGAAUAUCUUUGGUAUCCACAAGUUCUCGAUAAUGCACAACAUUCUGGUGAAUAUCUACAAAUGAAGAUUUUAAACUAUGACGGAAACAAUAAAAAAGAAUUUGUUGCAAAAGAGGUUUUAAAGAAUGAUCUUAACAUCACUGAUUAUACUGAAAAUGAUUUACAUGAACUGGUUACUCUAGCAGACGGUUCUAAACUUCAGGAAAAGCUAAAUGAUAUGGUCUCAGUUAGAGCUCAGGUUGGGUGGACAACACAUGGCCAUAGCGCAGUAGACGUUAAUAUUUAUGCUUUUGCAAAUAAGCAAGAGACUUGGCUUGAUAUUUUGAAAAAUCUACAAGGUAAUCAUGAAAAUACUGAAAUAGGUUCAUUCAUGGCCAGAUAUAUGGGCAUUGAUCUUGUAAAAGUUACGGGCUUAAUUAAUGAAACUGACCACUCUGCUGGAAUUAAUGUUAAAGAAAUUAACCGGGUUGAUUUAUAUGAUAAAUAUCAUCAUAAAUUAUUGAAUUUGCGCAACGACUAG